AUGCUCAGGCACAAGCCCCUCCUGCCACUCUGUCUGACCACUUUUAUCUGUCCGUCCCCAGCCACCAGCCGCUCCCACCCAGCCAGCCCCAGCCCGCCAGGGCCGCAGGCCAGCCCGGUGCUGCCAGUCAGCUACCGCCUGUCCCACACGCGGCUGGCCUUCUUCCUGCGGGAGGCGCGGCCCCCUCCGCCGGUGGUCACCAAUGGCUCCCUGCAGCGCUCUGAGCCCUUCGUGGUGUUCCAGACCAAGGAGCUGCCUGUCCUCAACGUCUCCCUGGGGCCCUUCAGCACUAGCCAGGUGGUGGCCCGGGAGCUCCUGCAGCCGUCCAGCACCCUGGACAUCCCUGAGCGCCUGACGGUCAACUGGAAGGUGCGGGCCUUCAUCGUCCGCGCCCGCGUACCCGCCUCACAGCCUGUGGCCCAGGUGCUGUUCUACGUGGCCGGCCGGGACUGGGACGACUUCGGUGUCACGGAGCGGCUGCCCUGUGUCCGCCUGCAUGCCUUCCGGGAUGCCCAGGAGGUCAAGAGCUCCUGCCGCCUUAGCGGAGGCCUGGCCACCUGUGUCGUGCGGGCUGAGCUGCCCCUGACCUGGUUUGGGACCCCUGCCCCAGCAGCACCACCCGCCACCCGCCGCAAGUCCCCGGAUGGGCUGGAGCCCGAGGCGGCGGGGGAGAGUCAGCAGGCUGAGCUCUACUACACUCUCCAUGCCCCGGAUGCGUCGGGAGGCUGCGGGGGCACCCGCCAGGGGGCCGGGCAGGGUGUGGGCACCCGGGCCGAGAGCCCUACUCAGCAUCCCCUGCUGCGCAUUGGGAGCAUCAGCCUGUUCCACCCGCCCGCCAGGAUGAUGCUGCAGGAGCACAGGCUGGACAGCAACCUGAUGAUCCGCCUGCCGGACCGGCCCCUCAAACCAGGGGAAGUGCUCAGCAUCCUACUCUACCUGGCGCCCAACUCCUCCUCUCCGUCCAGCCCCAGCGUGCAGCAUUUCACGCUCAGGGUGAAGGCCAAAAAGGGUGUGACCCUUCUUGGCACCAAGUCACGGAGUGGCCAGUGGCAUGUGACCUCAGAGCUGCUGACUGGGGCAAAGCACUCAACAGCCACAGUGGAUGUGGCCUGGGCCCAGGGCACACCCCUACCCCCCUGGGAGGACCAAGAGCCCCUGGAGAUCCUGCAGCUGGACUUUGAGAUGGAGAACUUCACCAGCCAGUCGGUCAAGCGCAGGAUCAUGUGGCACAUUGACUACCGUGGCCACAGUGCCUUACCUGACCUGGAGCGGGCGGUCACUGAGUUGACAGUCAUCCAGCGGGAUGUGCAAGCCAUCCUGCCCCUGGCCAUGGACACAGAGAUCAUCAACACGGCCAUCCUGACUGGCCGGACAGUGGCUAUCCCUGUCAAGGUCAUCGCUGUCGAAGUGACCGGCCUUGUGCUGGAUGUCUCUGCCCUGGCCGAAUGCGAGUCUGACAAUGAGGACAUCAUCAAGGUAUCCAGCAGCUGCGACUAUGUGUUUGUGAGCGGAAAGGAGUCUCGUGGGUCCAUGAACGCCAGGGUCACCUUCCGUUAUGACAUCCUCAGUGCUCCCCUGGAAAUGACAGUCUGGGUCCCCAAGCUGCCCCUGCACAUCGAGCUCUCGGACGCCCACCUCAGCCAAGUGAAGGGCUGGAGGGUGCCCAUCCUUCCCGACCGGAGGUCAGUCCGGGAGAGCGAGGGUGAGGAGGAGGAGGAGGAGGCGCGGCGGCAGAGCACGAGCCGUGGCUGCGCCCUGCAGUACCAGCACGCCACUCUGCAGGUCUUCACCCAGUUCCACACCACCUCGUCCGAGGGAACCGACCAGGUGGUCACCAUGCUGGGUCCGGACUGGCUGGUGGAGGUCACCGACCUGGUCAGCGACUUCAUGCGAGUGGGUGACCCCCGUGUGGCACGCAUGGUAGACAGCAGCACGCUGGCUGGCCUGGAGCCGGGCACAACCCCCUUCAAGGUGGUGUCCCCGCUGACAGAGUCUGUGCUGGGGGAGACGCUGCUGACAGUGACAGAGGAGAAGGUCAGCAUCACACAGCUUCAGGCCCAGGUGGUGGCCAGCCUCACCCUCUCCCUACGGCCCAGCCCUGGGAGUAGCCAUACCAUCCUGGCCACCACGGCUGCCCAGCAGACCCUCAGCUUCCUCAAGCAGGAAGCCCUCCUGAGUCUCUGGCUCUCCUACAGUGAUGGCACCACAGCCCCACUCUCCCUCUACAGCCCCCGGGACUACGGGCUGCUGGUGAGCAGCCUGGAUGAUCGGGUUGCCACAGUGACCCAGGACCGCUCUUUCCCGCUGGUGGUCGCUGAGGCCGAGGGUGCAGGGGACCUGCUCCGUGCAGAGCUCAGCAUCGCUGAAAGCUGCCAGAAAACCAAGCGCAAGAGUGUGUUGGCUACAACCCCCGUGGGCCUGCGGGUGCACUUUGGGCGGGAUGAGGAGGACCCCACUUACGACUAUCCGGGCCCCAGCCAGCCAGGACCCGGCGGGGGCGAGGAUGAGGCCCGCGGAGCUGGCCCACCAGGCACUGCGGGGUACCCGCCAGGAGCCCCACGCCCGGGCACCGCCAGCCCCACCGCGCCACCCACAGAAGAUUUCCUGCCGCUGCCCACCGGCUUCCUGCAGAUGCCGCGGGGGCUGACCGACCUGGAGAUCGGCAUGUACGCGCUGCUGGGCGUCUUCUGCCUCGCCAUCCUCGUCUUCCUCAUCAACUGCGUCGUCUUUGUGCUGCGCUACCGGCACAAGCGCAUCCCGCCCGAGGGCCAGACCAGCAUGGACCACUCUCACCACUGGGUGUUCCUGGGCAACGGGCAGCCGCUGCGCGUCCAGGGGGAGCUGUCGCCGCCCACUGGCAACCCGCUGGAGACCGUGCCCGCCUGCUGCCACGGUGACCACCACAGCAGCGGCAGCUCGCAGACCAGCGUCCAGAGCCAGGUGCACGGGCGGGGGGAUGGCUCCUCUGGCGGCUCAGCCCGGGACCAGGCUGAGGACCCCGCCAGCUCGCCCACUUCCAAGCGCAAGCGGGUCAAAUUUACCACCUUCACCACGCUGCCCACAGAGGAUCUGGCCUAUGACUCUGUGCCCGCCGGGGAAGAGGAUGAGGAGGAUGAAGAGGACCUGGGUUGGGCCUGCCCCGAUGUGGCCAGCACCACGCGGCCCAGUGCACCCCCAGACCUGCACAAUUACAUGCACAGAAUCAAAGAGAUUGCAUAGAGGCGCCGUCUGCCUCUAUGCAGAGGAGACGCAGAUGGGACCCCUGCUCACACUGAUGCAGGCGGGCUGAAACGGAUUUUAUACUCCCUGCCCCUGCAGCUUUGCUCUGUGCCUGGCAGUCGCCUCCCCUGGCCGGUCCUUCCCUGCUAGGCAGCACUCACUUUACCGUCCUCUGCUCCUGCAGGUGGGGUGCUCCUUCCGCCUUGCUAGGGAGAAAGCAGUUCUUCCCUUCCAAACCUCCUCCCAUCUUAGACAAACCCCCUGCCCCAAGAGUGAGGCACAGAGGCCAAGCUUGGGGUGAGGUGGGCCCACACUGUGCCCCACCCCUGCCCCCCAUGCCCCCUGUCUUCCCCUUGUGCAGGAGCUGGGGGAUCCUGGGGGGUCUUGUGUCACAGAUGCACAAAGACUUCUCUCAAACCACUAUUCAGGGAUUUCUGUCCUGCAGGGUGGGGGGUGGCAGCAGCUGCCUACCCUGCCAAGGAGCUUGCUAUGGACAAAACAUUUGGGGAGUGGGGGGACACUUGUAGUGCCUGCUGGCUUGCAGGUGCUCCACCAGUCCCUUCCCAGGACCUGGAAGCUGACUCUAUAGAGGGGCCUGGGACCAAGCUGGGCACCUGACUGAGAUCUCAGGACUCCCUCCUCUGCCCCCUCAGGCUGUGGGCAGGGACCUAAAGUGGCAGGAGUCCCAGGUCCACCCCUAGCCAAGCCACACCCCAGAGCACUGUGGUCUGGGUGGGCCCAGGGAGUCCUGGCUGCGUCCUGCCUAGCCCACUGCAAGGUCAACACCAAGCCUUAGCCCCCCCUCCCGUGCUGCCGACCCCUCCUUCCCCUCUGCAGGGGCAGCCACCCAUCUGCCCCAGAACAGAAUCUGGUGGAAGAGGGAGAGGGCACAGGGAUGCUGUGAAGGACCUUGGGACAGGCAAAGGCAGAAGGGAGCCAGGAAUCUCCCUCCCCCACCCCAUAGCCACUUCUCUCUUGGGUUCUACCCACCACUGUGUUGGAUUUUUCUUAAAUAAAUGGGGACAACCAGACUGGGGGCGGGGGUAGCAGCUCCCCAGAGAGCAGACAGUACAUGAUGGCUGGCUCUGUGUCUCAUACUUGCGCACAUGCACACAUGCACACUGUGGACACACUAAAUCACUAAGAUCAAAAUGUGGCUGAACCAGGCUGCCAUCCUGCUUUUCCUCCUCCUGCAUUCAAGCGCCUCAGUCCCUCUGGUGCUGGGGGCAUGCCUCCAUCAGGGAUGAAGGAUCCACUGGCCCAGAAAUGCAACCUUACAAAGAGUGCCUCCUCCUAAGAGUCUGCCAUGAUUGGCUCAGAGGAGGAUGAGGCAAGCCUCAGGGCCUCCAGAGAAAUGCCUUAGGUGGUUGGGAGGGCACAGAAAAUAUGAAGAGAGCUGAGAGAGGCUUGGAGUGCACAUCUGAGUUCACUCUAGUUUCCUUCUCUGCCUUCAGUCCACCUCUCAGCACCCCCACCCUGCCACUAUCAUCACUACCUCUCAGGGAGGCCUACCUUCUCCAUGGAUUGAUGGGGGAAGUCAGGGGGGCCCCAGGUCAGAGAGCUAGUUGAAAGAGAGCAAAGGUUAUUAGGUGUGCUCCUCCCCCUUGUGUGCUGUGGGCUGGCCCAUAGCUGCCCAGGCAGCAGCCCUGGGGGGCACAGGAGAGCGUAGUCCAAGGGGAAGCAGGAGAUUGGCCAAGCCUGCCUGGCCAGCCUCCUAUACCCCGAUGAUCGCUAGAGCAACAAGCAUCUGUCCUGAAAGGGACCAGGGGCAGGACUGGAGCUGCACUGGCACCCACCCCGACAUGCCAUUGCCCACCUCGGGAAGACGCCUGCCUUCUGUGAUCACUUGCUUGAGAGGCAGCAGCCCUGGGGUUGUUUUGAGGAUUUAAUGAGAUCAUGUAUGUGGAGCGCUGCGUACAGUGCCCGGCAGCAGACGGCGCUCCUAGCACGGACCCUGGUGCUUUGAGGUCUCAGCGAAUGCAGUUUGUUGCACCUAGGUCUGAAUUUUCAGGUAAGGUGUGGGCCUAAAAGGAAGACUAGAGAUGGACCAACCCCACCCAGGGUGUGCUCUGCAGCAAAGAACAGGUGUCGCUCAGCAGCAAGUGGGGAGUCGCCAGAAGCUGUGCCCAAGGCAGAACCACAGGCGGGCUUAUGUGAGGGCUUCUCCUGAAGCCCCAGAACACCAACUACCUGCUCUUCCAUGUGCCCUGACAGUGACCUCCUUCAGGGCUGGGGAGAAUGUGGGGGGGGGCGGCUCCAUUUUCCUUAACCCCUGGUGCCUGGAGCUGGCAAGGCCUCAACACGUUUGCUGACUUAAGUCCCCAGGCCGACUAUAAAGGGCUUUCACAUUAUCCCGUGUUUGGGGAUUGUAUAUACUCUGCCCCCUUACCACCUUGUCAGUGCAGAAAAUCACAAGUUUUGAGGACAUAGGUGUGAGUCAGGGAAGAUAUCCCAGCUUGGGUGUGAGGGUGGGAAGGGGGUGCUAAAGUUGGAACAUGGAUCUAUUUGUUCAUUCAACACAUUAAGCUCCUACUUUGCACUGGGCCCUCCCAGGGUGUGUGGAGGCACAACCAUGAGCCUGCCCCGAGGAGCCCCAGCCCCACAGGAUGAUUGAUGCUCUCUGUGAUAGUUUUACCCUGGGCUGGUGGGGCACAAAGGAGGAGGAGAGACAUACUUGAUCUGAGUCAGCUGAGGACAGGGCCAGGGGCAUUCCAGGGAGGCUAGUGAGCAGAAAGGCCCUGAGGCUGCAUACCCAACGCCUCAUGCUUUCUUUUGCUACUAUGUCUCUGCACAUGCUUUCUCUACACCCAGCAUAUGAGUCCCUGGUAAUAAGGGAAACACAAAAUAUAUAUACGCAAAGGUGUGCAGGCCAGGGGGAGGGUGGUGGGGUCAGCAUGGAUUUGGGAGUCAGGCUCAAACUUGAGGUUCAGAUCAUUUCCUCUAACUGGGUAAAGAAAGGAAGGAUCAGAGGGACAAGAGGAGCAGUUAGAAGGACGCUGGAGCAGAAAGCAUGAGGGCCAGGCCAGAGGGAACAGGGAGCUGGGUGGGUAUGCCAGCAUUCACCUGCAGAAUCUACCAGCUGCAUUAUCCCGCAUGGGGAUGAGGGGCAGGAGACAUGAGCCACUGCUUGACCCUGAGACCAACUUCCUUCCCAAGACGACCU